AUGACUGGUCUUUCGCUCGCAGGACGAACAGCGUUCAUUACCGGAGGGUCACGAGGCAUUGGACUCGAGAUCGGGAAAUCGCUCGCUGCUCGUGGUGCCAACGUUGUGAUCGCUGCCAAAACCGCCACUCCACACGCCAAGUUACCAGGAACCAUCUACACAGCGUGCGAAGAGAUUUCUGCAGUCGCUGCUGCUGCUGGUUCGUCCAACUCGACCGCGCAUCCGGUGCAACUCGACAUUCGCGACGCAUCCGCCGUCGAGAAAGCCAUCGAUGACGUAGCAGCCAAGUUCGGCGGACUGGACAUGGUCAUCAACAACGCUUCGGCUAUCAACAUGACUCCUACCGUGAACAGUAGUGUCAAGAGCUACGACUUGAUGAACAGCAUCAACGCACGAGGAUCGUGGUUGGUUUCUCGAUUCGCUCUGCCCCAUCUGCUAAGAUCAUCCGAUCAGGGAAACAAUCCUCACAUCUUGACUCUAUCCCCUCCACUCACUUUCGAGACACUCUCCACAACACCAGGCGCCGCAAAUCCCGCACCAGCCAUCUUCCCACACCAGUUCGCUCAAACCGCCUCGGCCUACACAAUCGCCAAAUUCGGCAUGUCCCUCCUCACCCUCGGCCUCAGCGCCGAACUCCUCGGCAAAGUCGCCGUCAAUUCGCUCUGGCCCUACACACUUAUCGCCACCAGCGCCAUGAAGAUUGUCUCGAAAGACGCCGCAGUCCAGGAGAGAAAGUGGCGAAACCCGCAGAUCGUCGCCGACGCCGCAGUCAGAAUUGUCCAAGAAAAUGCCGCUACGUUUACCGGAAAGUUCUUGGUCGACGAACUGUAUCUGAGAGACAAAGGCUUCAGCUUGCAAGACCUCUACAAGUUCAACGUCGACGAAUCAACAAAGCUCGACGACUUGGCCGAGGAUCUCUACAUCAGUCAGCCGUUGAGGGAUGCUAUCGCCACCAGCAGGAACGCUUAG